CUGUUGCCUGCUACUGGAACGUACAGAAAGUGUACAAUGCGGCCACCACUGAAACACAGUAAACUAAACAACUUUUAAUAACUGUAAAAGUGUGUUUGUAUUCUAUUUGAAGCACUGGAUUAAAUUCCUGAUAUCUAUGGAAGAAGUGUUCUGUAAAAGUUUACUGUGUAUGACUUAUAAAAGAUAAGGAUAAGCGCACACGCUGCAAAAAAACAACCCCUCAGCUGUCAGUUUGGAAUAUUAAAAGAUUACAUCAUGGGGAUCAUGUCAGAAUGUAGCCCUGUGCCUGCUACCAGCCAGCCCCAAGGAAGACCGCUCCAAGUCGGAUUUUACGAAAUAAUUAAAACGCUUGGAAAGGGCAAUUUUGCUGUUGUUAAACUGGCCAGGCACAAAGUAACCAAAACUCAGGUUGCCAUUAAAAUUAUUGACAAAACCAGACUGGACCCCUCAAACCUCGAAAAGAUAUACAGAGAAGUUGAAAUCAUGAAGCUGCUGAAUCACCCGCACAUUAUUAAGCUUUACCAGGUGAUGGAGACUAAAGAUAUGCUGUAUAUUGUAACAGAAUAUGCUAAAAAUGGAGAAAUGUUCGAUUAUUUGACAUCCUAUGGGCGCAUGAUUGAAAGUGAUGUGCGCAAGAAGUUCUGGCAGAUCCUAACAGCAGUGGAUUACUGUCACAGGCACAACAUCGUUCACAGAGACCUGAAAAUGGAGAACCUCUUGUUAGAUGCAGAUAUGAAUAUUAAACUGGCAGAUUUUGGCUUUGGGAACUUCUAUAAGUUGGGUGACCCUCUUUCUACGUGGUGUGGGAGCCCUCCCUAUGCAGCCCCAGAAGUAUUUGAAGGAAAGGAGUAUGAAGGACCCCCGGUGGACAUAUGGAGCCUGGGUGUGGUGCUUUACGUGUUAGUUUGUGGGUCCCUGCCCUUUGAUGGAGCCAGCUUGCCAGCACUGAGGCAGAGAGUACUGGAGGGUCGAUUUCGCAUUCCUUUCUUUAUGUCACAAGAUUGUGAGAACCUUAUUUGCAGAAUGCUUGUGGUAGACCCAGCAAAACGCAUCACAAUUUCCCAGAUAAAGCAGCACCGCUGGAUGCUGGCGGACCCUUCAGUGCAGCAGCAGACUAACCACUUUUCUGUCGAGGACUAUAACUCCAACCUGGGUGACUACAAUGAGCAGGUCCUGGGAAUCAUGCAGACCCUGGGCAUCGACAGGCAGAGGACGGUUGAGUCACUACAAAACAGCAGCUACAACCACUUUGCUGCAAUUUACUACCUUCUGCUGGAGACAGUAAAGGAGCAUCGAAACAACCAGAUCAUAAACAGUCAGUCUGGAACUGAACAGCGGCAAUCCAGGAGCACCCACAAGAACACCACAGCAGAAGUACCUCAGAAAACCUUAAGCAAUGACUGCAUGAGAACGGCUCUUAAAUGUCCAGCCAGCCAAAUCGUACCAAAAUCUCCCUUUCACACAGAUAUGGAAUGUGAUUCUAAUGGCUUGUUCCAGCAGGCUGUGUACCCAGUGGAGGCCAGUUUUAGUGGGUUGCUGCGCAAUCGAUCCAUCUCACCGAACAGCAUGCUAGAGACCACCAUCAGUGAGGAGGUGCGACAGGAAGACAUGGAUGAAGAAGAAGGGGUACAGGCACUCAUAACCCCCCAUAUCCCAAACAAUACAAGCAGGAGGCACACACUGGCCGAGGUCUCUACACACUUCCACCAGUGCAGCCCACCUUGUAUAGUUGUCUCCUCCUCAGUGAGAACCUCAGAUGGGAUCUGCUCUGCCAGCUGCCUCACUUCCUGUUCCUCCUCCAGUGACAGCCCAAUGCUAGCAAGAGGAGGCCACGUUGUCCACCAGGCCUCACAGGCUAACCGAGCUGCUACCAGUAUGAGCCCUCCAUUUGCCAACACGCAGUCUGCCACACCCUUAUUGCAGGCCCAAGGCUGCCUAGGAGGCGCAAACCGUCUGUCCGUCAGUUUCCAAGAGGGCAGAAGAGCCUCAGACACCUCAUUGACCCAAGGUCUAAAGGCAUUCCGUCAGCAGCUGCGGAAAAACACUAGGACGAAGGGCCUCCUUGGGCUCAACAAGAUCAAGGGCCUUGCCCGGCAGAUGUGCCAGUUUCCAUCAUUCAGAUCUGGAAGGAAUAGCUUUCGUCCCUUUUUAAACCCUCAACUGGAAACCACUGCAGGCCUCUGCAGCACAGGGAGUGGCAGGGACAGGAUAAUACUGGAGGAAUUGUUGCAUCAGCAGAGAAUGUUACAGCUUCAGCACCAACAGCCAACCCAGUUUGUCAGUCAGCACUCUAUCACUCCCUCAGUCCUGUUGACCCCUGCUGCCUAUCUGCCUGAGAGCAUGGUCAAGAAGAAAACCAUCUCCUUAUUAGCUGAGCUGCAGCAAGAUCAUUCCUUUGAACUAGCCUGCGGAGCUGCUGCCUCUCGGAUCCACAACCAUCAUCAUCACCAACUGCAGCAGCAGCAGAAACAACAACAGGCAUGCCUCGUGGAGGCCAGUGUCUCUUCAGUCUAUUCUACAGCCCACCUGCUGGAGACAAACUUGUAUAUCAAUGGUAACAGAACUCAACAACCACGUUUCAGUGUAAUGGGAUAGCUGAUGUUUUGUUAGUUUUCCAGCAACAGGGUGUUAAUAAUCAUAAUUACAGUGUGGUGGCCAGCUGAACCAGAGUUGCUCUGAGGACAGGCAAAAUGUGGUGUUCCUCGAACCCAUUUUUUGUAUUUCAAAUUACAGAUGUGUUUAGUUAAAGUGCUUCCACCUUCACUCAAUUAUUUUAUGGCACAGGUAACUCUGCACUCGGUUUUGUGUUCUGGUAAGAUACCGUUUCUUACCAGAAACUGAGUCGCCUGUGCUUUAUGCACAUUGGAAGUGUUUUACAUAAAUUGACCAUUUAUUUGUUUUGAGAUUAAACACAGCUGGACUGGCUUGUUUAUUAUGACACAAACCAUUGCUUAUAUGGGACAGGAUAGACUGUUAAUCUGCAUCUUGGUAUACAGGAAUCAAUGCUCACAAUAUAGUUUGUUGGGAACCACAUCUAUGCAAGAAAAACAGAACAUAACAACUUUGAUUUUAGAAUGUCCAAAAUGGGACUGCAAAAGAAGGGAACAUUGAGGGUCAUUUAGAAGGGAAUAUACCAGGGUAAAAAUGUUCCUUAUAUUUGCCUUAGAUGGCCUAUAGUGUUACAGUCUGAACUGUCUAUCCAGCAUUUUUGGAAAUGAUGAUCUCAAUCCCUGUUUACUUUAGCAAAGAGAUUGUAGAUUAUGUUCCAACUGUAUUUUUUACACUAAAUCCUAUCCCAUUAUACCCCCUUAUAUAAAAUUCCUCAUAUCAACCAGGUUUUACCUCAGCUUUAUUGUAGCUAUUUAUUAAGCUGUAGGCAUUUUAUUAUUUGAAAUACCGGCUCUUCCAAAAAUGAACAAUAGGCUUUGUGGCAUGUGCAAUAAUCUAUAAUGAAGCACAGACCUUGUUGGUGUUCAUUGAAAAACUUUUGUUAGCUGACAUUUUUAUAUAGGAAACUGAAGUUCCACUGUUUUUUAGUUUUAAGGGUAUUUACAGUUAUAAAAAAAAAAAAGUUAAAGCUGGCUAUUAUCAACUGUAUUUGACAAGACAAAGCUACACCAAGUCUUUUAGCUUUUACCUAGUGCCAACUGCACAGCUGGUAUAUGUGUCUAAAAACAGCAAGUCUGAUAUACAGUACGAACUGGAUGCAUUUUGUAUGAGGUGGAACCAAUAUUCCAGGCUGGCAAGAUGACUAUUCUACAAGAUCAGUUUUUUGUGUUGGUCAUGGGAUUACAAAGCUACACUUACCAUACCUGACUCUACCCAAGUGAUCAGCACA